AUGGGCGGCCUGCUGGACAAGCCUUUGAAAGAGAAGCGGAUUGAAACAGGAGGCGAUGAGCGGAUGGAAUGGGUAGCAGCAGAUAUGCAGGGCUGGAGGCCAGAUAUGGAGGACGAGCACAUCGCAAGCUCUAACGUCGGAGAAGAGUUUGCAGGCUGCGGUCUGUACUGUGUUUUCGAUGGCCACGGUGGCAAGGCUGUCUCAAAGUUUUGCAAGCAGCAAUUCAUGCCUGAGCUCAUCCAGACCACGGCAAGCAUGGGGCGGUCCAAGUUCGGCAAGAACAAGAACAAGAAGCGCCAUUGCGGCGUCCAUUUGGAAGCAUCAGAUUUGGAGGAAAUCCUCAAGGCCUCGUUUCACAGAAUGGACGAUCAACUGCGCGAGCCAGCCAAUGCCAAAGUGCUGGCACGCUUUAUGGGCAAAGUUCCGACGGGCGCCAUCCAGGAAUUGGAGAAGAAGAUCGCGGACAUGCACCAACGCUCACAGACAGGAAAACUGUUGGACGGAGAGCACAGUGAGAUGAAGGAGUCUUUCAUCAAGUUGCAGAAACUCAAGCAGGCAGAGAAGGGUGAUGAAUUUGUUCCAGAUACAGUGGGCUGCACGGCCGUGUGCGUCGUGGUUCGCAAGCAGGAUGUCAUCACAGCAAAUGCCGGGGACAGCCGCGCAGUGAUGUGCCGGGCAGGGAAAGCACUGGAGCUUUCUUACGACCACAAGCCUGCAUCUGAGACCGAAAAGAGCAGGAUCGAGGCCGCAGGCGGCACCGUGGAGGACAGUCAAGGUGUUCCCCGCGUGAACGGAAAUUUGAAUCUCAGCCGUGCCAUUGGCGAUUUGGAGUACAAGAAGUGUCCUGGCACAUUGCGUUUUGUCAUGUCUUCGGUUCCGACUCUGCGCCUUUCUCUCUAUCACAUCGUGCAAAGGCGAACCGACCUGCCCCCGCAGGAGCAAGUGAUAUGCUCCACGCCAGAUGUGGUGGUUCGCGACUUGACAGUGGAAGACGAGUUCAUCGUUCUGGCAUGUGACGGCAUUUGGGAUGUCAUGUCCAACCAGGACAUUUGCGACUUUGUGAGGCCACGGCUCGAGAAAGGCUUGGAGCUGAAGGCCAUCGCAGAGGAGCUGUUAGUCGGAGUCCAUCGGCUCAUGACGUUUGACCCGAGCAAGACCCAGGGCCUUGGCACGGACAACAUGACCGUCGUUAUCGUGAAGCUGAAGGAGUCUUCCUCAUGGAACCCUCCGGCUGCGUAG